AUGGGGGUCUAUAACAUACUGGUUCAUUCAGAAGCAGAAUUAUCUCCAGCCACAGAAUGGAGAGACCCCAACCCUGUGGGCAUUCCUGCCUCCAUUGUUUGUGACCUGCCCCACCUGCAGGCACCCAAGUCUUGCACUCGCAAAGGAGCAUCAGCCAACAUUUUUCAGGGAGUGGGGCUGGUACAGCUUCACCAUCUCUUCCACAGCACUGGGGAUGUACAAGCAGAGGAGCGGGCCCAGCUAGUGUGGGAGCGUUCAGGGAACCGAUGUAUUGCCCAGGCCUUGCGUCGGCUACGCACAAAGCGGAGAAAACUGAGACUGCAACCCCACCAGAAGUCCCCUUCAGAGUCAGGAAGCAGCACUGGUUUCCUGGAGUUACAGCACUUUAGCCACUUACGGAUUGAGGACUGUACUACAUCUUAUGCUGAAGACAAUGGGCCCAACAGCAGCAAGAAACCAGAUGUGGCCAGUAAAGGCAGUCCAUGCCCUGUCCCCUACUACAAGCAGAAGAGGAAGCAGUGGGGUACAGGAGCUGCAGGCUACCUGCACCAGCUCCACCAGUGAGCAACUAAACCCAACCCCUCUUACCUACAUAGUUGUCCGUCAGUGGUGCUGUGCAGAACGAAAACAGACUGAGACACAGGAUGCCCAAAGGCAAUUCUGCUAUGAUGCAUACAUCUAAAAUAAUUUUUUGCUCUAGCAUAGGGAGAUCAAGACCUCAAAAGAAAAGCACCAACCACUUUUUGAGCUGUAUCAGGGCACUGUCCUUGGUGUGGCAGAGCACAAACACUAAUGUUACUGAAUACACUUUCCUGUAUUUAAUAAAGGCUUAUUCAUGUUC